AAACACGACAACUGUUCAGGAUAUAUUUCAAGCAGUAACAAUCAGUCCGCGUGAAUAGUUUCACCAGACAAGACGUACUCUGUUCUGUGUCUGGAAACAAAACUGACCAAUCAUUCGUUGUUUAUCGUGCCAAGUCGAGUUCAGCACAGCACAGUUGAAACCACAAUAUGGACGAAGUUGAUAAAAAGUUAAGGAAUUUUUUAAUAAACGCCAAAGCGAGUGGCGUUCAGUUAAAUUGUUUGCCCUCGUUCGCCAAGCACCAGGAGAUGCUAAAACGAGACUAUUUACACUACAGUGGAACACAAAAGUGCAAACUCAUUCUAGUGGUCGUUGUUUGCGCUUUUGGGAGGCACUAUUUCAGCGAGUUGCUUGCAAAUGAAGAUUGCAUCUUGGGGAUGCCCAACCAGCUACAAAAGGCCCUCCGUCCGCCGGAAAGCUGCAACUUUUGUCAGGACGUACGAAAUGUGCCACGUAUCGCCAAUGUGGAUCCAGACGAGUUUGAGCAAAAAUACGCUUACUCGGGUGGGCCGGUAAUUGUGACCGAUGCAACGGCGAACUGGACAGCGACCGAAUUCUUCGAUUAUUGGUUCUUCAAAGACAUUUACCAAACAUAUGGUAAACGGAAGGGCGCUGCCAGAUGCCAGUUUUUUCCGUAUCAAACGGAAUUUCGCAACAUUUUUGAAGCUCUGAACUUAAGCGAAGCUCGGGUUAGUUAUGCACCGGGACAGAAGCCUUGGUAUUUCGGAUGGAGCAACUGUGACCCGCAAAUACUGAAAAUAUUGCGACGGCACUACGGUCGACCCUACUUUUUACCGAAGGCGUCCGAAAAUAACGCCGUGGAUUGGGUGUUCAUGGGAGGAACCGGCCUAGGAGCGCAUAUGCACGUAGACAACGUUCGACUACCAUCUUGGCAAGCCCAACUAAAAGGAGCGAAGGAAUGGAUUUUGGCACCGCCACCAGAGUGUUAUUACAGCUGCAACUUCGUGUCAGUUGUUGUACAAACUGGCGAUACUAUUGUUCUUGACACCAAUAAAUGGUACCACAAAACCAAUGUACUCUCGGGUGAAAUUAGUGUCACAAUUGGUGCUGAGUAUGAUUAGAUUACACUAACCUGGAAAUAAUGGUUGUUGCCGGUGGAAAUUCAACAAUAUCUUCUCUUAUCUCGAGAUCGUUGUAGAAGCUCACAACAUGCGGUUCAUUAUUGCGGAAAACACAAGACCCAUUCGCCGACGGAAUCCGAUGAUAAAGUGGAUCAUCGUCAUCUAUUGUGAAUUAAAAAUAACGUUACCUAAUAAAAUCAGACUCCUUUUCCAACGCACGCAA